GCUUGUUUAUUCUUUAUAAUGGAAAGAAAACGAAAAGCGCUGAGUUUAGAAACAAAAUAUGAUAUUUUACGAGAAAUUGAAAAAGGCAGGAAAACUAAGACUGAAAUAGCAAAGGAUUUUCAAAUUCCAAAAAGUACACUCUCGGGUAUUGUGUCUAAAAAGGAAAUCAUUCUACAGGAGUAUCAAACGUCAACAUCCUCACCGAAACGGAAGCGACAUCGUUCCGGAAAAUACGAUGAUGUGGACUCGGCACUUUUUGAGUGGUUUAAAGGUGCCAGAGCCAGUAGCAUGCCAAUCAGCGGCAUUAUUCUUCAAAAGAAAGCUGAUGACCUCGCUAAAAGUCUCGGCCAUAUGGACUUCAGUGCUUCGGGAAGCUGGGUAGAACGUUUCAAGGGAAGGCACAACAUUGUUUCUCGUGCUAUAAGUGGAGAGAGCGGAAUCGUUGAUUCAUCGGUGACUGAUGAAUGGAAGGAGCGAACUUUGCCUGCCCUGCUGAAAGAUUUCUCCCCUAAAAACAUAUUUAAUGCUGAUGAAACGGGGCUCUUCUACAAACUUAUGCCAUCAUACUCUCUUAAUGUCCGUGGUGAAACCUGCACUGGAGGAAAAAAAGGCAAAGAAAGAUUAACGUUCUUAGUUGCUUGCAACAUGGAUGGAUCGGAGAAGCUUAAACUCGUUGUUAUUGGCCGAUUUGCUAAUCCCAGAUGUUUUAAAGGUGUGAAGUCCUUACCUGUGACUUACCUUGCCAAUAAACGGGCCUGGAUGACAGGGAAACUUUUCUCUGACUGGGUGCUACAACUUGACAGAAAGUUUUCAUCUCAAUCGAGAAAGGUAUUACUGAUUGUGGACAACUGUGCUGCUCAUCCUAAAUUGACUGGGUUAAAGUCGAUAACUUUGGCUUUUUUUCCGCCGAACACCACAUCGGUUUUACAACCUUGUGACCAGGGCAUUAUUUACAACUUCAAAUGUAAAUACAGACAGCGUAUGGUGGAACAUAUCAUUGAUUCAUACGAUAGAAAGAAAGAGCCGGGCAUCAACGUGCUUGUAGCCAUAAGAUACGCAUUUGCAGCAUGGAGAGAUGUUUCACCAACUGUUAUUAUGAAAUGCUUUAGAAAAUCUGGGUUCAUCGCAGAAGAGGAAACCAUGGACGAUGAUGACGACAUGCCACUCGCACAAAUGAUAGAAAAUAUGAGAGAUGAAAUUCCCCUUGCUCGUCUGCGGACAAUAACAAACACAGACACUUCAUUUAAUGAUAUCUUGCCUGCAGAGGAAAAUGAAACAAUAACUGAGGCAAAAAAUGAUUCUGAUAUUGUAGCUGAUAUAUUAGGAACAAAUAAUGACGAUGACUGUCAAUCAUCCGAAGACGAGAGCUAUUUAGAUGAUCUGCCGGUUGUGUCAAAAAAUGAAGCUAUUGAUUGUUUGCACAAGAUUAGAACAUACUUUGAGUCCAAUGCACAUGUUGAAGAAACAGUUUUUAAAAAAAUAUUGGAUAUUGAAUUUAACUUGAAGAGUUGUAAACAUUCCCAAACUAAAAUUAGCGACUUCUUCUCAGCAAAGUGAUUUUUUGUGCAUGAUAUUCUAUUGUUAAUAAAUAACAAUAUUGCAUAUAUGGUACAUAUAAUAUAAUUAUGUUAUAAAUAUAUUUAUAUAUAAAAAUAUAUUAAAAAGAAACAACACUGCAAUUAUUCCUUUUUUCUUUAUUGAAACAAUAUAAGGGAGACAACAAUGACGAACCAAGAGUUAUUUCUCUUAAUCAAAUGCUCUUCAAAAUGGAGGAUAAUGGUAAACAAUUAGUUCGUUAUAUGUAAAACUGUUCGCUAUAAAAACUUCUGAUAUAAGGAACUAAUUCGCUAUAUGCUUACAAGGAACUCCGGAUAUAAGGAACAUAUUU